AUGAAGGUAUUCGUUUGCUUACUCGCCGUCUGCAGCAUGGCUCAGGCUGGAUUUUUGGGUGGCGGUGGAGCCGUUAGUUCCGGUUGGUCAUCCGGAGGAGGCGGUGGCGGCGGCGGAGGCUGGUCAUCGGGCGGUGGUUAUGGCGGCGGCGGCGGCGGCGGCUACGGAGGCGGUGGCUAUGGCGGCGGUGCCAGCACCGUCAAGGUUGUUAAAGUCAUCUCCGAUUCGGGAGCCGGAGGUGGAGGAGGAUAUGGAGGCGGCGGCUAUAGCGGCGGCGGCGGUGGCGGCUGGUCAUCCGGCGGUGGCUAUAGUGGUGGCUCUUCUGGCUGGUCCUCCGGCGGAGGCGGCGGUGGUUAUGGCGGCGGUGGUGGCUAUGGAGGCGGCGGCUACGGAGGCGGCGGCUCUAGCAUCAAAAUCAUCAAAGUCAUUUCCGAUGGUGGACACGGAAGCAGCGGCGGCUAUGGCGGUGGUCACGGAGGUGGCUACAGCGGUGGUUAUGGCGGUGGCUAUAGCGGCGGCUACUCUUCCGGUGGUUGGGCUCCUCAAGGCGGUUGGGCUCAGAGCGGCUGGUAA